AUGGACGCGUACUGCAAAGCGGUCCGACGCCUGGAGGAAAAGUUCGACGGCCUCGAACUCAACCACGUGUUAAGGAAAUAUAAUGUGGCCACCGACGCGCUUGCCAAGAUGGCAUCAGAGCGGGCCACAGUCCCCUCGGAUGUUUUUGCCAGCGACCUCUACAAGCCUUCCGUCGACUACAAGGGCGAUGUGGGGUCGGACGAACUCCCCAACGGGCCAAGUUCCGACCCUAGGGAUUCCGCCGCUCCAGAGCAGGAGGCCAUGGACAUCGAGCCAGAACCACCUGCGUCUGACGACUCGCCUGACUGGCGCUACCCUUUGCUUCAACGCCUCGUCGACGACACUUUGCCCCCGGACCAGGCUGAGGCAAGGCGCGUGGCCCGUCGUGCCAAGACCUUUGUCCUCAUCGACGGGGAGAUGUACAAACGCAGCCCCUCGGGCGUUCUCAUGCGUUGCAUCCCUCGUCAAGAGGGAAUCAAGCUCCUACAGGACAUACACUCGGGGGCUUGUGGCCAUCACGCCGCCCCCCGAACGUUGGUAGGAAAUGCCUUCCGACAAGGCUUCUACUGGCCCACCGCCGUGGUCGACACCACGAACAUCGUGCGGACCUAUGAGGGAUGCCAGUUUUACGCUCGGUAG